AUGCGAAGCCUGCUCGCGCUUGCCCUCUUCCCCAUGGGGUCCCGCAUCGCGCUGUGCGCGAAGGAGGAGGACGGCGCGUGCUCGUCCAGCGACGGCACGUGCGCCGACGAUUCCGCUCUGCGCAAUCUGCAAGGCGAGUUCGUCCAGGCACUGCAGACCGAGGACUUGGAGCUGGCCCACCGCAUUUGCCAGCAGAAGGAGAUGCGGGGCCGGCUGCCGCUCCGCGUGCCCGAGCCUCGCAGUGGGAGCCCGCAGCUGCCGCUGCUCGCCUUCCUCGGCCGGUUUGUGCGCUCGAACCUCUCGAUGCCGGGCGACCAGGGCGUGCGCCGGGAUGCCACGCCCCACGCGCUGGGACCCCUCGUGGAGUGCCUGGUGCGGCGACAUGGCCUCGACGUGAACUCGAGGCUGCCGGCGCACGAGGUGGCCUACGUCUUCGCCACUCGCGGCGACCAGGAUGCGGCGAUGGAUUUCGUGGAGCGCGGCCCAUGGCCCCAGGCCGCGGCGAAGUUCCAUCCCACGGCGUCGAGCCUCCUAGAGCUGGCGCUGGCGGGGGCCAACACUGACCUGAUCAGGCGGCUGGUCGCGGUCGGCGCAGACACGGAGGCGGCCUCGUACAGCGGCAAACACGUGCUGCACCGCGCGCUCGCCGUGCCCGAGAACGCGGUGGUGCACUUCGUGCAGUGGUUUCUGCUGCAGACGGGAGGCGGCAAGUCUGUCAGCGCCGACUGGUUCGAGAGCUUCGCGCGGCUCGCAGACCCGCACGACCGCGAGCUCGCGGCGCACAUCCGCCGCUUCGGCCGGGCCGUGAGCGAGGGCAUGCCGAAGAGCACCGAGACUGGCCUGGGCUACCGUCAUGGCGAAUUUGCGGGCUUCAGUCGCUGGGCGACGUCCAGGCUGACGGUCGCGUGCAGCACCGCAGCUGUAGGCGCCUUCUUUGAAGCCAUCGACGACCUUCGCGACGUGCCGUCGCUGCACAACGCGUACAAGGAGGCGCUCAAGGCCGCCAAGGCCGACCGCGACAACGAGGCACUGAGGAGGCGCGCAGGCAGUGCUAAGAAGGCCUGGCAGGCAGCCAAGGCCGCCGCCGCGUCGGGCAGAGGCCCUGGUGGUGGGGAUGGCGGCGGCGGCAGGAACGGCGGCGUGCGGCACAUGGCCGCGCGCGCGGAUCGCAUGGGCCGGACGCCGCUGCACAUUGCCGCGAUGCACGACAUGGGCGCCGUGGCGGCGAUGGUGCUGAGCCACGCGGCGGAGGGUUCGGAGCGCACCCAGCUGAUAGGGCUGGUCGACGCCCUCGGCCGCACCGCCGCCGAUCUCGCGUCCCUCUACGGGGCGCGGUCGGUGCUCCGGGUGCUGCGGCGCUUCGGCGCGGCGCCGUCCGCCAUGCGGCCUGCCCAUCGCCACACGCUGCGCCUCCAGGGCGGCAGCAGCGCUGCGACCGCGGAGGGCGACGGCGGCUGGCUGUCGUCGCCGACCGCCUUCGCCGACGCCGCUGGAAGGUGCGACAUCGACGAGGUCAGCCCCGCCGACAUCACUAGCGAGGUCUUCGCGCGCCGCUACCUUUUCUCUGGCCGGCCGCUCAUCCUCCGCGGCGCAGCCGCCGACUGGCAGUUUCGCAAGGCUUGGGCCCGUGAGCGGCUGCUUGAGCAGCACGGCGCACGACUCUUCCAGCCAACGACCAUCCCGUACGCGCAGGUCUACGGCGCCAAUCAGCAGCCCACGGCUACCAGGUCACUGUCCGAGCACGUCGAGUCCAUGCGCUCCCAGGACAUCGAGGAUUCCUCGCCCUCGCCGUCCGCGCCUCCCGUGCCGUACAUCUUCGAGAGCGCGCACGGCGGCAGCAGCAGCGCCGGCGCCGGCAGAUCUGCGCAGCGCUCGCUGAUCGGAGACUACCCCGAGCGGCCGUGGUUCAUGGCCCCUUCUGCCCCGCUGAUUCGCGCUGUGGCCGAGGCGCCCAGCGCUGCGGUGACCACAAACGCGACGGAGGCUAUGGCGAGCGCCGAGCUCAUCUCCCAGCUGCUGCACCGCGUCGCCGUGGGGCAGCACGAGUUCUACGUGGGCGCUGCGGGCUCGGGCGCCCCGAUGCACUUCCACGGGCCGGCGUGGAACGCGCUCGCCUUCGGGGAGAAGCGCUGGUUCCUCACGCCUCCGCAGCACGCGACGUUCUCCAACAUCCCCGCGCGCGAGUGGCUGGAGCACGUGUACCCGAAGGCCGCUGUGGCGCAGCAGGCCGGCGGCGGCCGCAGCGAGGGCGCCGCGGCCGAGGACGACGAGGCCGUGGAUGCGCUGAUCCGAAGUCCUCCCCUGCUCUUGGAGUGCACCCAGCGCGCGGGCGACGUGAUCCUCGUGCCCGACAAGUGGGGCCACGCCACGGUGAACGUGCGGGAGAGCAUCGGCGUCGCGCUCGAGCUGCAGGCGCUGGACGUGGACAUCGACUGGUCGAUGCUGUGA